GGAAGAUGAUGAUGAUGAUGAUGAUGUUCUUCUGAAGAACCAGUGAGGGGAAAAACACAUUCUCCAUCGCAGAUCCUUCGAGAGGCAGGGCGUGAACCUGAGAUCAUCACACAACUCCAUAGCCUAAUCCUUCGAAAUCGACAUAACCAUGUGGAGAAGAAUCGUCUCCUCUCACCUCAAAACCCUAGCCACUGAUGCCUCCGCUGCGUCGUAUCUCCGAUAUGCCGCUGCCGCCAAGCCCGUCAGCUCCUAUCUCUCUGCCGAUCGAACAGCCAUUUUUGCCUCUUCUUCUGUUUUCCGUAGAAGCUUCGGCUCCGAAUCAGGGGAGACCUCCGUGAAGAAGAAGGUGGAGGAUGUGAUGCCUAUCGCUACCGGACAUGAGAAAGAAGAGCUUGAGGCUGAGUUGGAGGGAAGGAAGUUGCUUGACAUCGACUACCCUGAAGGUCCUUUCGGAACAAAGGAAGCUCCUGCUGUCAUUAAGUCGUACUAUGACAAGAGAAUUGUUGGAUGCCCUGGUGGUGAAGGCGAGGAUGAGCAUGAUGUCGUGUGGUUCUGGCUGGAGAAGGGCAAGCCUUAUGAAUGCCCAGUGUGCUCACAAUACUUCGAGCUUGAAGUGGUUGGCCCUGGUGGGCCUCCAGACGGGCACGAUGACAACGACGACCAUCACUGAUUCCCGAGGUUCAAUUUUCUUUCUUUCUUUCUCACAAACUUUUCAGAUUCAAAUAAAAAAUUGGUCUAGAACUCGAGACAAAUGUUGCUGUUGGUAUCAUUUUUGUUUCCCGUUGAUAUUUGCAGCUCUUCGUCUGUAACAAAUCAAUUGCAUUAUGAGUUUCCCAAUUCUUUCAUCCA